AUGUUGCAAAAGUUGGAUGGUCUUGAGGAUAGGAAAUAUGCUGGUUACUGCUUGGAGGUUGAAGUUCCACAUGAACCCACAUACCAGGUUAUUAGCAUUAGGCCAUUGCAACAGGGUCUCACCAAGCCUCAUCCUCAGAAACCCCAGUAUGCAAGGCCUCUGAUGUACAGGGAACCUCUCGACGUGACGAUACCACUGCCAUGGGAUAACUGCUAUCAUCCUACCUGCUACGACGUUUGCGUUCGUGUACCGACGGAAAGGCGGGACUAUUCCUUCGACGAGGAUGAUCGCUACGAACAACUUCUUCGGGCUGGACUAGACGAUGAUCAGAUCCUUCGAGUUCUCGACGGUCAAGAGGAUCCCCUAGCUACAGAUGUGCCGGACGAAGCUUCGGAGACUGAUAGUUUAGCUAGCCCGAUGUUCCUGGCCAAGGUACCAAGCUCCGAUAAGCUUGAACAUGAACCGUGCUUCGUGCCUGUUAUGCGUAUCGACCACAUCCUAUCGAACGUCCCAGAAAUAGCUGAUCCAUCGCAGCUACGUGGAGAUCUGGAUCUUUUUCAAGAAAUCGUGCACGAGUAUCAGCUUGCCCGCUACGGAUCGGUCCUUUUCGACCCGCAAGAGGAUCCACCGAUUGACGACACACCUGUCCGAUCGGCAGAAUCUCGCGCGAGCUCGACGGAAGAUUUGAGCUCUGAUUCUCCGGACUCUCACGAACUGCACUCAUUGUCAGAGCAGUCUCCCCAGGUGCCGGUGCCGGUGUCUACUCGGAAAGGUAAAUUGAGAGUCAGGUCGCUCCUCCAAAAGGUGAUCACGAAUUUUGUCGAGGUCUUCAAGCGGCCCAAGGUUUCUCGCAAGUUGUGA